GUUCACUUCCUCCGUGUAGACGACUGUGACCUUAAGAAAUUACAGACGUCGUAAGCAAGAUGGACUAUCGGUACAUAGACCAACAAGGGUCACAACGAACUGCCUCCCACGAAGACCAGCAGAGCGGUUUGCCGCAUCAUCAGCAACAUUUACAACAUCUACCACACUUCAGUCACCAGCACUCCCUGCAACCGCCUCCACAUCAACACAUGCACCAUGUAUCACAACCCGUGUUUGUUGCUGCUGCUCCCCAUAGUAGCAGGGAAGCUUACAACAGUCGGAGACAGAGUGGGCAAGAUCUACAAUCCAUAUUAGAAGUGGCUGGUCUUGUGCCGGUACGUCCGCCUUCCCACCACCCCCAGCAUCCUCACCAGACGGACCAGCAGCGUCAGCCGUCGGACACCAGACCUAUGCAACUCCUUUCUGAUGGACAACUCCCCAGAGACUACAGCAAUGUUCCGCCGUCCCUCCAGCAACACCAGCAACCUCAUGAAGACUACCAGAGGGACUUUGGAUCACACCUUCCCCAGACAUCCGACAUCAACUCACGUCAAGACUCCAGUUUGGUUGAUCUCUCUGACCGUCCUCAACAGACCAACCAAGAAUCUCAGGAGAAUACCAACGAUAGCGAUCUUGAACCGCCUAGUAUUCUGAGAGAGAAGCAACACCCGGGGCCGCUACCGCCGGCUUCAUCACCACCUAAACUACCUCAAGGUCUUGUGUACUGUUUUUCUGAGAAUGAUAAGAAGAAGGUGAUAGGAGUGAAGGCUGAGAAAACGGUUGAGAAUGGGACAGAGUUCGGUGUAUUUCUUGGAGCUCUGGUGGAUGAAGCAUCUGGAUGUGUUGAGGAAUCAUCCUGGGAAUUAUGUCUCCUUGGCAAGAUUCUCUAUUACGUGGAUGGCAAGUAUAAACGUAAUGAAAACUGGAUGUUGCAUGUACAAUGCGCUAGGAAUGCAAAGGAACAGAACAUAGAGGCCGUACAACGCUACGGGUAUAUUCAUUUUCAAACGACCAAGAUGAUCGAGCCUGGGUCUGAAUUACGAGUCUACUACAGCGACGACUACGCCAAACACGCAGGCUUCAAGAUAAAAUUAAAUGACCUCAGCUAUAAGGAAGAGACAGAUAACUUCCAAUGCAAGGAAUGCCAGUGUUUAUACAAAUCUGCUAAGCGCAUGAUGCGACACAUCAAACUAGCUCAUGACUUUGAGCAUACGGGUGAAAUACGACCUUUAUUUACUUGGGAAGUCAAGAAGAAGCUCCCCGAAAUCAGACAACCUUCCUCGACUCAUCCGGUCAGAAACGCUGACAACCGAUUUAUAUGCGUGACAUGCGGCAAAGACUUUUCAACCAGAGGACGACUGGCGGCCCACGAGACGUUCCAUGAUUUCGCUGGUGGGAUGUACAUCUGCGACCACUGCGGGGAAGCAUGCGAAAAUGCAGAGAUACUGACAAAGCAUAUUUUAAAGCAUCAAGCCCGACCGUUAAGAUGUGAGAUAUGUAGUAAGAUAUUCACCUCAAAGACCAGCCUACAUCAGCAUGAACGUGAGGUGCACGGCUGGCGAUGCACCAAAUUCUCUUGUCAGACUUGUAAACAGGAAUAUGAGGAUUUAGCAGAAUUCAAGAAACACCAAUGUAAAGAUUCUGGCAAAACAGUACAGGAAGAACAUGGAAUAAAAAAUAAUAAAUCAAUAGCUUCCGUGAAAGCAGCAGAUGAAGGUGGAAAGGAUAAGGUUUCCGACAAGCAAGCGGAAGUCUCGUCGGCAUUUCCUGUUGAUAUGCUUGGAAAGCGUUUCUCGUACUUUGACCGCCCGCGGCCGUACAAGUGUCGUCACUGCGGCAUGAAGUUCCGACAGUACAACCAGCGGAAAUACCACGAGCAGGAAGCGCAUGAAGGUAAGGGUACCUACCAGUGUCCUCAGUGCUCACAGAGAUUUGCUACCAGAUGUAACCUUGAUACCCAUCUUAAGAAACAUAAUCCCAUCAGACCGUUCCAGUGUCAGCUUUGCGACCGAUCCUUCGCGUCAGCGAAUGCUCUAGCCAACCAUCAAGGAGAACAUACGGGGGCAAAACCUUACAAGUGUACCGUUUGCGAUCGAGGAUUCAGAACGCAGAAACUCAUGGGAAAGCAUCGGACGCGGAUGCACGGCAAACGCGAAAAGCGCUUCGCCUGCUCCUUCUGCGACAAGCGCUUCAUGGAGCGAUCGAGCUGGCGGAAUCAUGAGAGGCGUCAUAAAGGUAUCCGACCCCACGUGUGUUUGGUGUGCGGGAAGGGAUUCUCCAGCAAGGACUCUAUGGUGGUGCAUCAACGUAUUCAUACGGGAGAAAUGCCCUUUAAAUGCGAUAAAUGUGGAAAAUCAUUUAGGAAUAAUCAUAAUCUCACAGCUCAUCUAUUACAUCACGCUACAGAAGGUCACCCAGAUAACAUCUAGGAGUGUAUUGCACUGACGGUUAAAAACAAGGUCUUCACAACAAAACAGUGACCGGACAUGAUGGCUCAGUGGUAUAUCAUCCGCCUCCUGAAUGGGAGGUCUUGGGUUCAAUCCCCAGUGGAGUCAUGCCAAGACUAAGAAAGAAAUGGGACCGUCUGCCUUCUUGUCAAGUGCUUUAGUGUUUGAAACACUAAGUGUUAUAAUAAUAUGUUACGCAGGGCCCGAUAGGAAAACAGUUCAUAAGAGCUGAAGUGGCUACCCUGAGUAAAUAAGAAUUAUUAUUAUUAGGGAUUGUGUCUACAAAUGAAUUGCACAAAAGGUUGAAAAACAGAAGGUCUUAAUGAUAUAUUUUGGAAUGUAUUGUACUGGAUGUUGACUUCACUUUAAACUCCCAUCUUCAACUCUAUCCCUGUCCAUCAAGCCAAAAUAUUGUGAUUAGCUUUAUUGGCAAUAUGAAGUUGAAUUGAGCUUAGGUCUCAGUUUUCAGAAUCACUAGGUGGUACCAUUUUUUAACCAAAAUCUCGAAAGUGCCCCCAAAUGUCAAUUACUCCCUUUUGAUUCUCACACCUUCGACAUCGGAGAGGUUGUCACCUAAAUCAUUGCCACAGAUUGUCUGGUAUGUUUUGUGGCAGAAAAUGCAGUAAAAAUUUGAUAUUGGACACAAGAUCAGAACUUGUCUUUUUGGUGCAAGAACACCCUUAGCAAAACAUUUUCGCACACCCUAUCAGUACAGAAAUGCCCUUACAUACAUGUACAUGUAUGCAUGCUGCCAAGGGCAUUUUCAUGCCCAUGGGAUGGGUGAAAGCAUGGUUUAAAGGCGUUCUUGCACCGACAUGACAAAUGCAUUUAUUACUCUGUAGAGGGUCAAAAAGGUGAGUUAUGUCUUUCUGUUUGUCAAACCUAUUUGACAUCUGGCAGGCUGUCUCUAUAAUUCUUGCCACUGUCCUGUGUGUAUGUUCUGGGCUCCGUAACACAAAGGAUUGCAAUCGCUAAAUACCAUUGACCUAUUAAGAUCAUCGUUGCAUUCGCACUCUGUUUAAAAUACUGACUGGGAACCAAUCAGUGUGGUUCUUUCAUAUUAUGUUGUCGUUGGAUCUAAUGCUUUUAUUUUCAACCAGACUUAAAAUGAGAUGAAUCAAUGCAGGAUGUACAGUUAUUAAAGAUGAUUACUUGAUGAUAAUGACAAAUACACGAGUAAGUCUGAUGGUGACUAUACUCGAAGAUGAAGAUAAUAUAUGCUGCAAAUUGAUGAAGUAUACUUUUCUGUAGCUCUAAACUCCAAUCUCUAAUCUGUAACUCUCUAUUCUAUAAAACUGCAAUCUCUAACCAAUCUGUAUGCUGGAACAAUCUCUAAAGUAAUCUGAUUUUGGUUCAGAAGUGGACCCCUUUUAUAUUGGUCUGGUCUAGACUCUUUACAACCAAACACUAACAGGUGUUGGUCAACCUUGUACACUUGACCAAAACAAUCUGUACGUCAUGACUUCACUCUGAAUUGGAGAGUUGACCUUUUAGGGAGAACAUGAAAUAUAGUGAAUGAGAAACUCAUAAAAUGUGUGUGCGUCAGAGGUUUAGCUGAAGAAUGAGUAAUACUUUAAGAAAAUUGGAAUUGGUAGACAUACAGUUUCCUGUUUUACUUCCUGUAGAAGCCUUGAUUAAAUAUUGAUUAUGUAUUGAUAUAUUAUUGAAUAUGUGAGAUAUGUCUUAUCACAUAACAAUAUUUGAAAUUCAUCUCAAACCUUUAUGUUACGGAACCUGGUGUGUGUUAUGAUAGGGGAAAAUGCAGUAAACUACCCUAUAUUGGUCACAACUCGUAUUAUUUUGGAGAGAGGCAUUUUAAGUACAUGAAUUCAUGAGGAAGGAACAAUGUGUGUAUAGAUUACGUACAACUUCAAUCUAACAUCUCAACUGUUAACAUUAGCAGCAAAGGUUUGAUCUUUCCAUGAUGACACCUUACAUGUACACAUGUGUAUGUAAGGAAUAGAGUUGAGAAUUCUUUCAUUAUUUGUAGACCCCUUUUUUUUACAUUUCUCUGAAAUAACUACAUGUAUUUAUUUAAUCAACUCUGUAUUAUUUAUGCAAUGCAAUAAACCUUUUUGAAUGUCUGAGUCAGUCUGACCUCAGUUCGUAAGUCUUGCAACCUUUCAGAAUGGGGAGAACAUCAUUUCAGGAAGGUAAAUUGGAGGAAGUUGGGGGGGGGGGACAUACAGUUGCGCUCAAAAGUUAGUAAACCCCACCACAAAAUGCACUUCUUCAUACCGAGUGUUGAAUGUCGACAACAACACUACAAUGCUCGGAGAGCCUAGAGAAACAAACUUUUAUUUAUCUGAUGUAAUAUUUCAUAGCCUGAC